AUGUCAUUCCCCACGCCUACAACAAAAUCCGUCGACUACCUCAAAGUCUAUGAGCCCGCAGAAGACUCCUUCCUUUUCCUCGACAUGCUUGAGAAGGAUGUUUCGAAUAUCCAUUUUCGUUUCAAGUCCAACUACCCGGCCAUAGUGCUGGAAAUUGGCACCGGCUCAGGAAUUGUGACCACUUUUGUGCAACAAAACAUUCUCACCGGAUCCCAAGGACUAUACCUCACCACUGAUCUUAAUAUCCACGCAUGCAUAGCAUCUUUAGAAACGUCAAAAGAAAACGGCGGGUGUACAUAUAUGGACACUCUACGUGCAAGUCUCGCUACUCCACUAAGACCUAAUAUAAUCGACCUGCUACUCUUUAACCCUCCCUAUGUCCCUGACGAAAUUGUCCCAACAAUCCCACAAACAGAUGACGAUGAUGCAUGGUUAGAUCUUGCCCUGCUCGGUGGCUCAGAUGGUAUGGAAGUCACUUGGAAGCUCCUUAAUGAAUUAGAUUCUAUAUUGUCCUCCCGAGGCGCUGCAUACAUCAUCUUUUGUAAGCGAAACAAACCCGAAUCAGUUGCAGAAAUAAUGCAAUCUCGUGGAUGGACAGCUACACAAAUAGGUGAACGCAAAGCAGGCUGGGAAGUCCUCAGUCUUUGGAGAUUUAACCGAUAA